AUGUGUUUUAACUUUAGAGAGCAGAUUCUUCGCGUGAAGAACUCAGAUAAUUCAAUUCCCAUCGUUCUCGUCGGCAACAAAGCAGACCUUCGUGAAGAACGGGUAGUGCCAUUAGAGAUGGCGCGGCAAAGAGCUGAACGAUGGGGCGUUCCCUAUGUGGAGACUUCCGCGAAGAGAAGAGAGAACGUGGACAAGGUGUUUUACGACUUGAUGCGAGAAAUCAAACGGCGGAAAGGUGGCCCAAUGGGUGCGUCUGCUGCUGGCCUCGAUCCCUCACAAACAGGAGGCAAGAAGAAGGGGAGAGUAUCAAGAAACUUUGUGUACAAGUUUUAUGAAUGCAUUUUCAACGGUCAACCUCGCUGCUGUUAG